GCUCAAGUUUGUUGGUGUGAGAAGUAUAAAGGUAGAGAGACCGCGGUGUUUAUGGAAUCCUCACAACAGCAGAAUAGAGGUUCUUCAUUCUACGAUUUCGCGGGUCAGAGCUUCCCUAACUCCUACAAGAUGGGCAUCGACAAGUCCCAGGACCAAACCCAUGUCGAAGAUGGGAACGCACCGCAACCCGCACCCAUGCGACAUCAAUCGGUUGCGUCUCGACGUCUGAGCGAAGCCCAGGCAAUGAAACUGGCAGAGGAUGACACCGCCAUUGUCGACGAAGAAAUCGCAGAAUUCGAUGCCGCUCUCGAAGCACAGCCAGUCAAGAGCACCUUUCUCAACCCGCAGAUUUCGUUCAAUGAUCCCCGCCACUUCACCUGGCUCCUCGUGGGAUUUGCUUCUAUGGGGGGCAUGCUCUCUGGUCUUGACCAGAGUGUUAUCUCUGGCGCCUUGCUCUAUAUGCCCGACGAUCUACAUCUGAGCACGUCUCAGGUCAGUUUGACGAGCUCUGCUGUGCCCCUCGGCGCGAUCGGUGGUGCUCUUCUCCUAGGUCCCAUUAACGAGCUGGUCGGUCGAAAGAUGGCGAUCAUCAUUUCCCUGAUCCUCUACACCAUCGGCGGCGCUCUGGAAGCCGGGGCUAUCAACUUUGGCAUGAUUGUGGGAGCCAGAGUGAUCCUCGGCAUGGGUCUCGGUCUUGAAGGAGGUACCGUCCCAGUCUACGUCGCGGAAUCUGUGGAGAAGAAAUACCGCGGCAACCUGGUCAGCCUGUAUCAGUUCAUGAUCGCCUUUGGAGAAGUCAUUGGGUAUGUGGUGGCCGCGAUUUUCGUCAACGUCCAGUCCGGGUCUUGGAGAUAUAUGCUUGGCUCGUCUUUGGUCUUCAGCACCAUCAUGCUCGUGGGUAUGCUAUUUAUGCCUGAAUCUCCGCGAAUGCUUCUGCACAAGGGUAAAACCUUGGAAGCCUUCGCUGUGUGGAAGCGAAUUCGAGGACUUUCCAGCGCCGAAGACCGCAAAGAAUUCUUCAUUAUGCACCAUGCUCUAGAUGCGGAGGUCCACGAGGGUGACACGAAACGCCGGAGAUUUGUCUGGCUCGAUUUCUUCACCAAUCCUCGUGCUCGAAGAGCUAUCGUUUACGCAAACAUCAUGAUCGCACUUGGCCAGUUGACUGGAAUCAAUGCAAUCAUGUAUUACAUGUCAACCUUGAUGUCCCAGAUCGGAUUCGAUAAAAAGCAGUCCGUUUUCAUGUCCCUCGUGGGAGGCGGAUCUCUCCUCUUGGGCACCAUUCCAGGCGUGUUGUACAUGGAAAAGUUCGGCCGGCGCUUCUGGGCAAACACUAUGCUCCCCUGCUUCUUCAUCGGUCUGAUCUUUGUCGGUGUUUCCUAUCAAUUGAAUUCGGUCACAGCAACUGAAGGAAUGUACCUCACUGGGAUCAUUCUGUACAACGGCUUCUUCGGGUCAUACGCGUGCCUUACUUGGGUCCUACCCAGUGAGGUCUUUCCCACCUACCUGCGAUCUUACGGCAUGGAGUCCACCGACAUCAACCUAUUCUUCGGCAGCUGGCUUGUGACCUACUUCUUCUCUGACAUGCAGCGGGCGAUGACCAAGACAGGUUUGACUCUCGGCUUUUACGGAGGGAUUGCAGUGCUCGGCUGGUUCUAUCAACUUUUGUUCAUGCCUGAGACGAAGAACAAGACCUUGGAGGAGAUCGACCUGAUUUUCAGCCAGCCUACAGGCCAGCUCGUGAGACAGAAUCUCAGAAAUGUCACCCAGGGCAUGAGUGACAUUGCUCAUUUCAGGUUUGGGAAGGUCUUCUCACCUGCGGAAGAGAGCCAUGGGGUUGAACGGCAAAUCGACGAGGUCAAAGCGUAGUUUGUGGCUUAGGCACGACAAAGGACAGACUAGCUGACCCGGCGCAAUCCCCUCGGAUUUAUUCUCGUGUUGAUACUCAAAUGUCUUCCAGAAUUUCCGCAGCAAUAUUGUGUGAAAUCAUGCUUCAACACAUUUACGCCGUUCCGGAACUCCUUUGCAAACUCUUCGUCGGUUU